ACAAUAAGGGGUGGGUCAACACAACACUGCAAAGUUUGCACAAUUUAAAACUGUAUAGCUGGUACUGUGUGAAUGAUGGCUGAGUAUCUGUGGGUAGCACUCAUUGUACUGUUCCUCUUUUCGAAUGUGGUAAACUCAGGCAUUGACGAGCAGUGUAUAGAAACAACACCGGCACCAGGUCGAGAUAGUUCUGGAUAUCUACAGGCUGUAAAUUUUACUAAAGCAAAUUGUCCCGUGUCAAGUAUUGACAAUGAAACACUAUGUUAUGAAAAAUGCUUGAUGCCAAGUAUCACCCUUCAACCCGAAAUGGAUGCUUAUGCAGAGUGUGUUGCACCACCAGAAAGUGAAAACCAAACAGAUUUUAACAGGGUAAAACUUUUUUACCACCCACCUAAUGGCGGUCCGUGUUCCAAAUUUCAAUCAACAACCAACGACAGAAGUUGGCAUCAUCUUGAUGAACAUAUUCACUUCCGUAGACAAGGUAGAGUAGUUGAAGUAUUUAUUGUGAAUGUUGCGGCGGAACAUCAUGAUCUGAUAAUUGUUUGCUUGCCAACGAAUACGAAUAGUAGUGUACUCGAAGGCUGUAUGAAUGGCUCCAGAUCUACUUUAUUUGUCGCUCCUGAACAAGAUUCUGAAAACACAGACUCCUCAAGCAACUCCGCAGAUAAUAGUGUGACAGACACAGAUUCCCCAAGUACCACCACAGACAAUAGUGUGACAAACACAGAUUCCCCAAGCACCACCACAGAUAAUAGUGUGACGAAUGCAGAUUCCCCAAGCACCACAACAGAUAAUAAUUCACCUGGAAUUGCCACUGUUGGGCCAGUAGUCCUCUUGAUAAUUGGAUUAUUGAGUAUUUUCUGCUAUUAAGUCCACCUUAGAGCCAGCUUAUAACUUAAUGAUUGAGCCACAAGAAACUAGAUGAUGUAGACUACGCUAUAGCUAUAUGAUUUGACAUGUAUAGAAUCAUUACACUAAACUUGAUUCAGUUAGAGUACGACAUAUGCCGUUUAUAGUGAGGCCUAUUGUAUUUAUGUAAGUGUUUCUGUUUCUGUGUGAGCUGUGUAUAUUCUAUAUUACUUGUUCAUGUUCA